AAAAUCGCACUACUAAUUAUAUUAUUUCUCUCUCCCUCUGCAAAAUCACCAAACCCCGAGCCAUGGCUGCUGCCGCUGCCUCCCUCACCGCACCGCUAAUCCCCUUCUCCUCUUCUUCUACGCUUCAAUCACUAACCAGAAAGCUCCCAUCUCCUUUCUUCCGAAUCCCUAAAUCGCUCUCCGCAACCUCUUCCCUUCUCUUUACACGCUGCCCCAAUUCGCUCAGUUACCGUUGCAUUGGUGCUCGAGCGGCAGCUGGUGAAGAUAGCGACAACGGGGCCGUAGUUGAGCGCCAUAACUUCGACUUCGACCUCUUCACGAUCGGCGCAGGGAGCGGAGGGGUCCGUGCCUCGCGCUUCGCAGCGAGCUAUGGGGCUUCUGUUGCGAUCUGCGAGCUCCCUUUUGCUGCGAUAUCGUCUGAAGAGACUGGUGGAGUUGGUGGAACAUGUGUUCUUCGUGGAUGUGUGCCAAAGAAAUUGUUGGUGUAUGCAUCAAAGUUUUCUCAUGAGUUUGAAGAGAGUCAUGGCUUUGGUUGGAACUACGAAACUGAUCCUAAGCAUGAUUGGAGUACUCUGAUAGCCAACAAGAAUGCCGAAUUACAGCGCUUAACUGGAAUUUAUAAAAAUAUUUUAAAGAAUGCCGGGGUGAUGCUAAUUGAAGGCCGCGGAAAGGUUGUUGAUCCACAUACAAUCGAUGUUAAUGGUAAACGUUACUAUGCGAGGCACAUACUCAUAUCUGUCGGUGGGCGACCUUCAAUUCCGGAUAUUCCUGGAAAAGAGUUUGCUAUCGACUCAGACGCCGCGUUAGAUUUGCCUUCAAAACCCGAGAAGAUUGCUAUAGUUGGGGGUGGAUAUAUUGCAUUAGAAUUCGCCGGCAUCUUCAAUGGUCUAAGAAGUGAUGUCCAUGUAUUUAUCAGGCAAAAGAAAGUUCUAAGAGGCUUCGACGAGGAGAUUAGGGAUUUUGUUGGCGAGCAGAUGUCUCUAAGGGGCAUUGAGUUUCACACUGAGGAGUCACCUCAGGCUAUUCUCAAAUCGGCAGAUGGUUUGCUAUCAUUGAAAACUAACAAAGGGACUAUCGAUGGUUUUUCUCAUGUAAUGUUUGCCACAGGCCGAAAGCCCAACACGAAGAACUUGGGUUUGGAGGAAGUUGGUGUCAAAUUGGGAAAGAAUGGAGCCAUAGUGGUCGAUGAAUAUUCUCGUUCAUCUGUUGACUCUAUUUGGGCAGUUGGAGAUGUAACUGAUAGGAUAAAUUUGACACCUGUCGCAUUAAUGGAAGGGGGGGCAUUUGCAAAGACUGUAUUUGGCAAUCAACCUGUGAAGCCAGAUUACAGGGCUGUCCCUUCAGCCGUCUUUUCUCAGCCACCAAUUGGCCAAGUUGGUCUUACCGAAGAGCAGGCAAUUGAAGAAUACGGCGAUGUCGACAUUUUCACGGCGAACUUCAGGCCUUUGAAGACAACUAUCUCCGGCCUGCCCGAUCGAGUACUCAUGAAGAUAAUUGUUUGCGCAAAGUCAAACAAAGUUUUGGGUGUUCACAUGUGUGGAGAAGACUCGCCGGAGAUGAUUCAGGGUAUUGCGAUUGCCGUAAAAGCUGGAUUGACUAAAGCGGAUUUCGAUGCCACCAUUGGGAUCCAUCCUACGUCUGCUGAAGAAUUCGUCACAAUGAGAACUCCAACUCGCGAAAUUCGAAGGGCACGGAUUUCAGACGAGGAGAAGACCGAGCCGGUUAAAUCUGCUGUAGAUAUUUAAUUCACAAUGAGAGAAUGAGGCAUUGUUGUAAAGAGAAUUUUGCAAGACGAGCCUUUGCUAUCACAGACUUAUUCAGUUGUGACAUUUGUCCACGUUUGGCUUCAAGGCUUAAAAGAAGAUCCAUUGAACAAAAAAAGGGAUUUUGGAGGGAAGAUAACUAUUCAGAACUUUAGACUGUCAUGCAGAGAAGGUUAGUGCUACAGUUUUAAUUCUGUAACUUUGUGUAGUAAUUGGUCUUGAACAUUAUUGCUUAAUAAAUUUGCUGUAAUGUUAUACCUAUUUGUGCCUGUGGAAAUUGACUUUAUCUGAUGCAAUAAACAGAACAGGCUUUUUUAUUCUGUAUGAUUUAUUUUGGAAGCAUUGAACAGAAUACCUGCUU